CCAUCAGAUACUGGUCUGUACUGGUGUGAGUCCAUGUCUGGAUCCUCCAGCAGCAGCAGCAGCAUCCAGCUCUCUGUCUCUGGUGGAUCAGUGAUCCUGCAGAGUCCUGUCCUCCCUGUGAUGGAGGGAGAUGACGUCACUCUGAGCUGCAGAGCAAAGAAUCCAACCCACAACCUCCCAGCUGCUUUCUAUAAAGAUGGCUCCUUCAUUGGUGAUGAAACUACUGGCAACAAGAUUUUCAACUCAGUGAAGAAAUCUGAUGAAGGCCUCUAUAAAUGUAAUGUCAAAGGUCAUGGAGAGUCUCCAUCCAGCAGGAUCUCUGUCAAAGAGAGAAUCUCCUCCACCGUUCCUCCAUCCUGCUCUCCUCCUGGUCUCCAGUCUCUCCUCUUCCUGUGUCUCUCUGCCUUCAGUGCUUCAGUUUCUCUUCUACUAGUUCAGCUUUAA